CACACACAUGCGUGCACACACACAUAUGUUUGAUGACGUGAGUCAGUCAAACUGGUCGUGUGAAAAACUGACAGAGCAGGUUGAGCGAUGUUUGAACCGGACCAGAAUAGAAAAGAGGUGGAAAGGAAACAAGUGGAUCUUUGGACAAACACGAUGACCCCGGCCCCACCUGUCCCCAAACCUCGAGCUCGUUAUGCAAGCGACAGAUUAAGCUCCACCUCUUCUCCGGAAAGAGAUCCGAUUCGCCAAAAUGCAUCAGAUGGAGUUCUGCCAAGAACAGAUGAAGAUCCCCCUCUUGGUUCCACUGCUGAAUCACCGGGUUUACAGACACUGGCAGGUGUUGCUGACAUACCACCAAUGGAAACAACUGACUCUGCUCAAGAUCCACCAAUUGUACCUGUCCCCUCGUCCCUUCCAUCCAUGCAAAGUAUGGUCAGCAGCAUUAAAAGCAGCAUACCAAGUUUAGCAGGAACUGCUGACACCAUUGCUAACCCUGCCGUUACUAUGCAAAGCUCCUCCACCUCGUCCCCUCCAUCCAUACAAAGCCUGGACAUGAGCAGCCCCACACCAAGUUUAGAUGGAACUUUUAGCACCCUUGCUAACUCUGCUGUUACUAUGCAUAGCUCCUCCAGCUCGUCCCCUUCCUCCAUACAGAGCAUUGUCAGCAGCGUUGCAAACCGCACACCAAGUUUAGAUGGAACUGCUAGCACCACUGCUAACCCCACGGUUACUGCGCAAAGCUCCUCCACUUUAUCCACUUCCUCCGUACAGAGCAUGGCCAUCAGCAUUGCAAACCAUGCACCCAGUUUGGAUGGAACUGGUAGCACCACUGCUAACCCUGUGGUUACAACGGAAAGCUCCUCCACCUCGUCCCCUCCACUCAUACAAAGCAUGGUCAGCACCAUUGCAAACCACAUACCAAGUUUAGAUGGAACUGCUAGCACCAUUGCUAACCCUGCGGUUACUACGCAAAGCUCCUCCACCUCGUCCCUUCCAUCCAUACAAAGCAUGGUCAGCAGCAUUGCAAACCGAACACCAAAUUUAGAUGAAACUGCUAGCACCACUGCUAACCCUACGGUUACUGCGCAAAGCUCCUCCGCUUCGUCCCCUUCCUCCAUACAAAGCAUGGUCAGCAGCAUUGCAAACGACACACCCGGUUUGGAUGGCACUGCUAGCAGCUCAGCUAUCCCUGUGGUUACAACGCAACGCUCCUCCACCUCGUCCCCUCCAUCCAUACAAAGCAUGGUCAGCAGCAUUGCAAACCACAUACCAAGUUUAGAUGGAACUGCUAGCACCACUGCUAACCCUGCGGUUACUACGCAAAGCUCCUCCACCUCGUCCAUUCCAUCCAUACAAAGCAUGGUCAGCAGCAUUGCAAACCGAACACCAAAUUUAGAUGGAACUGCUAGCACCACUGCUAACCCUGCGGUGACUACGCAAAGCUCCUCUACCAUGUCCCUUCCAUCCAUACAAGGCAUGGUCAGCAGCAUUGUAAACCGCAACCCAAGUUUAACUGGAACUGCUAGCCCCCUUUCUAAUCCUGUGGUUACUACGCAAAGCUCCUCCACCUCGUCCACUCCAUCCAUACAAAGAAUGGUCAGGAGCCUUGUAAACCGCUCAACAAGUUUUGAUGGAACUGUGAGCACCACUGCUAACCCUGCGGUUACUACGCAAAGCUCCUCCACCUUGUCUCCUCCAUCCAUACAAAGCAUGGUCAGCAGCAUUGCAAACCGCAGAACAAGCUUAGCUGAAACUCUGAGCACCACUGCUAACCCUGCGGUUACUACGCAAAGCUCCUCCACCUCGUCCCGUUCAUCCAUACGAAGCAUGGUCAGGAGCAUUGCAAGCCGCACACCAAAUUUAUCAGGAACUACUAGCACCACUGCUAACCCUGCAGUUACUACGCAAAGCUCCUCCACCUCGUACCCUCCAUCCAUACAAAGCAUGGUCAGCAGCAUUGCAAGCCGCAUCCCAAGUUUAGCAGGCACUGCCAGCACCAUUGCUAACCCUGCCGUUACUACCGAAAGCUCCCCCAGCCUUGCUGUUAGCGCCUGGAUGAGCCCGCAGACACGGCCACCUGAACCCCUCACUCCUUUGAUAAGGGGUGACUCACACGCUGAUGUGCUUGUUGUGGCCCCAUCAUCACAACCAGAGGGAGAUGCUGGGCCCACUGGACAAGAGAAAGGGAAAGAAGGCCUCUACCUUAAUAUGUUGGACGGCUCGGAUGAGGACGUUGACUCUGAUUCGUCAAAUGAGGAGGAACCUUUGGAAGUUUCAUCUGGACCUAAUGAACAAAUGACAGUUGACCUUGCACACAACCGGCUCAACAACAACAAUGUCCUUUACAACCUUUCAGCAAGUGUUAUUCCCCCUCAGCCAGUCCCACCUGCUGGCCAAUCAGCAAAAAUGGCAAAAUAUUACAAACAAAAGAUUCCAAGCAUUGCAACGAUUCGAGUGUCCAGAACGAAAGGACAAGGCCCACGCUCCAUUCCACAAAGUGGUGUGGCCCGAGCAAGCUGGCUGGAGACAUGGAAAGGCUUCAGACAUUAUGUAUUUUGGGGGACAUUUGAUGGACAGUUGAUGUCACUGCAGAAAAAACGAAAAGACUAUUUCAGCGAGAUCCUUUUCCACGUGUCCAGUAUCACUAACAUAAAGAAACUAGACAAGAGAAGGUUCUCGGUUUACUUCAAAAAGAAACAUUAUGACUUCAUGGCUCCCAGUGAUGAUAUUCAAGAAGGUUGGGUCCAGUCUCUCUUGGCGUCUCGGGGACAACCGAAUCCCGCUGCACCGGAACUGCACGGGCCGAUCAACAUCAAAGAUAUAAGAAGCCGGAAUUACGCUGCCAUCUGCGGGCCUGACUUCUGGGUUUACCCCGAGAAAGAUCGUUUCCAGCUCGGCCUGGCUUCCUACAGCAUUCCUCUGAACUUGGCCUCAGUCACGGCGACCGGAAAACACUCAUUUUCAAUGACCACGCCCUUCAAGACCAUACACCUGUCUGUUGAUUCAUCAAAGGAUCUUAAGGUCUGGUUAGACGGCUUGUCCUCAUCAAUCAGUCGUGCUCUGUCCAGCAGCCAGGUGGCGACGCGUCUAUGGAAAAAUCCCUCCAAUCAACAGUGCGCCGAUUGCAGCGCCGCCAAUCCUGAGUGGGCGUCGAUCAACCUGUUGCUUGUCAUCUGUGACAGAUGUGCAGGUCACCAUCGAAGUCUUGGCAGCACUCUCUCCAAUGUCCGGAGUCUAAAGAUGGACAACAAGGUUUGGACUGAACCACUCGUACAGCUGUUCGUUACAUAUGGCAACAGGCUGGCCAAUCAGGUGUGGGCGCCGCUGGUGCCCCUUUUCGAGCAGUUAAGACCAGAGUCUUCAGAUGAGCAGAGAUCAAACUUCAUUCAAGACAAAUACCGCAAGGGGCAGUACCGAAGAGUACAUGCGCUGGCGUCCUCUUCUGAUCUGAUGCAGCAGAGGAUGCGAGAGGUUGUUUGUGGCAGCGAUGUCGAAGAAACCAUGACACUUAUCUGCUCCGGGGCAAAGGUGUGUCAAUCAGAUCCUCAGAGCCCCUCUCCCAUCCAGCUGGCUGAGAGGGCCGGGCAAGCUCUGCAGGCAGAGAUACUUAAACUCAACGAGUAUACAGAGGUUCCACCUUACCUUCCCAAGAUAGGGUACAGGCGAGCUGACUCCGUCCCCUCAUGUGAGGAAGAGGAGGAGCUCCAUGGCAAAUUGGAAGACGAUCGUUUCCUCUUUUCUUUGGAAAAUGACUCCGCGGCAUGUGACGUCCUCGACUUGCGGGAAGUUUUAUCGCUUUUCCGAAAAGACGGGCCAACCUUUCAGUUCGAGUUGGUCACUUUAGACAAUCGGAUCGUUUGCGUGGCUGAAAGCGAGGACGAGCUCUUGACGCACCUGGUCCACAUCCUUAAGGUAAUUCUGCCAGGGGGCGUGUCCUACGCAGAGGUGUGCGGGGCCUUAGCAGUCAGUAAAGUGUGUGUUGUUGAAGUGGGGGUAGCCACCAAUAAUCCCGAUGCUUGGUUGUUGCUUUGGGAUGGCGGCGUGAGCGUUCACCGUGCUCACAGACACUCAAAGCCGCCUCUCAUAAUUGAACUGAGCACGCUCAGUCACUACGAGGUGAAGCAAUUUGAAGACGCCAUCUCCAUGGUAUACAGAGACAGCAGGGGCGUUUCUCUGCACUUUGACGAGCACUACAGCUGCCAUAGCUGGUACGGCCUCCUCCAGGAUGCUCUGGCCAAUCAGAACAUUUCAAAACCUCGGGCGGCCAAUCAAUCUCUGUACCCAAUAGCAGACAUCGAAGUGAUGAACUCGGUGCCGCUGGCCAUUGAACGCUGCAUCAAACACAUCCAAGACUACGGUCUGAAUGUGGAGGGUGUGUACCGCCGCUGUGGACUGGCCUCCAAGGUGUCACAACUGGUGGAGGCCUUGGUGAAAUGUCCGAGCUCUGCCUCUCUGGAGUCAGAUGAACAAGGUGUUUUGGACGUAGCCUCUGCCCUGAAAAAAUAUAUUCGCCAGAGGGAACCGCUCUUCCCAGAGAAGGAAAAGAAGGACUGGGUACAGGCGGCAGUGAUUCCAGAUAAAGAAAAGAGGUGGUCAACCUACCGCCAGUUGCUACAGCAACUCCCUGGUCAGCAGCGUGCAACGCUGGACGCCUUGUUUGGACACUUUUACUUGGUUCAGGCCUACUCUCAAGUCAACAAGAUGUCCGCCCAAAACCUGGCCCUGGUUCUGGUUCCCUCACUCUUCAACAGCUUGAGCGCCGAUCUGCUCAAUAUGACCCGCGAGUUCAUCAUCCACCACGACAUGCUUUUUCCGACCCACAAACAGCAUGGCAGGUGAGGAAGAGCAGCAGAUCACAGUCCGCUGAAGAAGCACAAGAGGAAGGUUUGGGACGAAAUCAAUACUGACGAUCAAUUGUCUGCAUGUUGAAAGAGUUGGAAGACAUCAGCCCUUUUCCACCAAAAUACCAAAAAGUUUAAAAAAACAAUUGUUUUAUAUAAUAAAUGAAAUAUGGAGAAUUGUAUAUAUAGUGCGGUUUACCGGUACCAAUACAGUACCACGGUACUAAUGAGUUAAAAUGGACUAUAUUGCUUCUGAAAAAUACCGGUACUAUUUAUUUUCCAGAGAUGACGGAGGGGUGGUAAAACGAGCAGAGGAGCAUAAAACAAUGCACACACACAGAGUACCUACAUGUAGACACAGUGUGGUGAUAGAAAAGGAAGAAUAGACACAUUUUUGGCUUAAAAACUAAGGGUAACGUUGAAGCUAUAAACACUAAAGCGCCGCUCUGCAAAAGGUGCUUAUCCCUUACCAUGAAUUGAUUAACAAGUUGAAAAAUGUAUUCGGGUGUUACCAUUUAGUAGUCAAUUGUACGGAAUACGUACUGUACUGUGCAAUCUACGUUAACGUUAGCCGUUUGCUAGAUAGCGGCUAACGACCAUCCGCAGUCAGUAGUGUUUUAGCUACUUCUAUAUCACUAAUCCUCGCCGCCAUGGCGACAAAUGAACUACGUUUCUUACAAUUAUCAUUCCUGAAGGACGGGGACUAAUUAAACAUACUUCACUACACACCGUAGGAGGAUACAAAGGCUAACUGCUAACAGCAAGCUAGCGCACCUCAAUAUAAACAAAUGCCGUGGGCAGGUAUACAUACACAGACAUCGAUUGUAUUGAUACCAAGUACAAGAGUCGUAUAUAGUCAAUGGUUACGUCGAUAAUGUCCAUUUUUGGUCUUUUUUUAACUGUUUAUUAAUUCAUGAAAUGGACACAGGAGAACUUUAAUUAUGAUCAAUGUAUGACCCUGUACCAACUUGGUAUUGGAUUGACAGCAAAAUUUGUAGUAUCACCCAAAAUGUAUAUAAAGUAUACAAACAACUGAAAAAUAAGUGCUUAUUACAUUAUAACAGAAGUUUAGAUAGAACAUGUUAAAACAAAAAGUAAGCAGAUAUUAAUAGCAAAUGAACAAGUAGAUGUUACGGCUCAGACCACUGCCAACGUCGCUCAUCAGUCUGUGCGCACUUCAGGACACACCCACGGGCGCGCACAUCCACUGACGAGCCGCGUUCGUCUCCGCCCUGCAGCAGCCGCCAGCUGCAAUCAAUCACUGGCAAUCCUCACACCUGACGGUAAUGAUGGAGCUGCCUUCAUAAGCCUGGACAACCUGGCAUGCCGGUGCCGGAGUGUAAUCAUCUUUACCUUCCCUGUGUUGCAUCCCCGAGUCAAGCUGUGCGUCUUGUGCUCCCGGAACUUCCCUCUCUCCCCGUGCAUCAUGGUUUUUCGACUGCUUCCCUCGUUCCUCGAUUCUUCGCUCGCCCCACGACUCUGACGCCUCUCUCUCGCCCCGGAUCCCCUGCAUGCCCCAUGGACUGCCUCGUUCCUUCCCUCCUAAUUCAACAUUUACGGUAACACUUUAGAGCUAAUCUACACACAUAGUCACACACAUACAAUCUUGGAUUUUGUCACACACUAUUCUAUAGUUUAUUAGUAUUGUAAAUUAUUAUUAUUAUAUAUAUAGAGAGAGGGCAUAUAUAUAAUAAAUCAUUGCACACUACUCCCCUCUGGUGUCCGUUUGCCGUCACUCCCCUUGCAAUCCACAACAGUAGAUUAAUUAUCCAUUUUCUACUGCUUGUUCCUCAUAAUUUUGAGAAAGUAUUAGAAUGGGAAAUGACACAAUAUGUUACUGCAUACGUCAGCAGCCAAAAUAGGAGCCUUUGUUUGCUAACUUACAACUAAAAGAGAUGUUAACAAUUAUAUUUAAUGCCGAAAUUAUUCUUUGAUUGCAAUGAUAAAUGUAUGUUUAACGUAUAAUGAGAUUUUCUGUGAAAAUAAAGCCGUUAAUUACA